UCUUUUUCUCUCAUUCAGAUCUCUUUGCUAUAAUAUUAUCUGAUAUCAGAAUGAGAAAGCCAGACCAUCCUUCUGGGAAGAACAACAACGUUAACUCGUCAUCGUCUUCGAACAAUAACAAUAAUAAUAAGCUGAGAAAAGGGCUGUGGUCCCCCGAAGAAGAUGACAAGCUGAUGAACUACAUGCUCAACAAUGGCCAAGGCUGCUGGAGCGAUGUGGCCAGAAACGCAGGGCUGCAGCGCUGCGGAAAGAGCUGCCGUCUUCGUUGGAUCAAUUACUUGAGGCCUGACCUCAAGCGCGGCGCUUUCUCACCCCAAGAAGAAGAACUCAUCAUCCAUUUGCACUCUCUUCUUGGCAACAGGUGGUCUCAAAUUGCGGCACGCUUACCUGGAAGAACCGACAAUGAAAUCAAGAAUUUUUGGAACUCAACAGUGAAAAAACGACUCAAGAACUUGUCAUCUUCGUCUACAACCUCACCGAACACAAGUGACUCUUCGUUUGAGCUCAAGGACUCGAUUUCUUCCAUGGAUGCUCGGCUUAACAUUCCUUGCAGCAGCACUACCAGGCAAGAAAACGGCAUGUUUUCUACGUCUCUGAACCACUUGAUCAGACCAUUCCCAGCCAUGCAGCAACUCGAUCAUCAUCAUCAUGGGCUUAACAACAUGUUUGGUUCCAGUAAUGGGUUCUUGAGUAAUCAUAAUCCAAUAUCACAGAUUGGAAUGGUUAGUAAUAAUAAUGAUUAUCCUCAUGGUCUUUUUGGAGAAGUUAAUGGAGUUUUUGGCAGUGGUACUGAUAUUGGGUUAGAAGGAGAGCUUUUUGUUCCUCCAUUGGAGAGUGCCAGCACUGAUCAAGAGAUCAGUCACCAUCACCAUCACCAUCACCAAAAAUCAUCAGUACUAGUUCAUGACAGGAUUAACAUGAGUAAUAACAACAGUAGUAGUGUCAAAGCUGAAAAUAAUGGUGAUGAUCUUCGUUAUGAUCAUGGGGUUGAGAGUUAUUUCCAGGCUGAGCUAACAGUUGGGGAGUGGGACUUAGAGGAUUUGAUGAAAGAUGUUUCGAGCUCAUUUCCCUUUCUUGACUUCCAACUCGAAUAGUUAAUUCAUUUCCAUUCCACACACACUUAAUUUUCUUUCCAUUUUUCCAAACACCACAAUUGUUUUUCUCUCAUCUCCAUCUCUCUCUCUUACAUUUUUAGUGUUUUUUUUAAAUCAAAUCCUUUUGUUUUCCCAAAAUACAUAGACACCAGAAGUAGAAUAAGUAACACCCUUUUACAACACUGAUGAACUCAGCUGGUUUUUGGAGUUUAGAAACCAUGGAAUGAGCUAGCACAACUGGUGUGAUAAUAAAGGUCACAAUGGGGGGUAUAUAUAUAAUAUCAAGUGACCAUAUCAUAUAUAUAUAUAUAUAUUACAGUCUUGUAUAUGUAUCUGGAUUUGCCAAUAUAUAUAUAUGAUGAGCUUCAACCAUGUCAUCAUAAAUAUAUAUAUAUAUAUAUAUAUACAAUAAAAUUAGUAUGUAUACUUGUGAAGAAAAGAGAUGUGAAUAUAGCUUCAUGAAAAGUACGUACGUAGAAGAAAGAGGUUUUAAUUUUUUUUUAAUCAAAGAUUUAAUAAUUAGUUGGUAUGUAUAGAAACUUUUAAUUACUUAAUUAGUACUCUGAGAUGUACAAAACAAUGUUUGAGAGAGGUGCGGAAGUUGUUAUUAGUGGGUGACAAAAAGUAGUAGGUUGUAUUAAAUAUUACACAUUUCAUGAAUAUAUAUAUGAACUUUUCUCUCUUUUUUCUCA